GUGUACAUUUUUUGGUCCAUUUCGUGCCUUCGUGGGAAUCUUCUGUUGCCAGUCGGCGCAAAAGUUCGUAUUUUAGCGAUGAGGGGAAAGGAGAGGUAAUUCAUUCGUAUUUUGUGUAAAGUAAUUGGAAUCAGAUUAACGUUUUUACCCACAUACUUCUUUGGUUGAAUAGACUCGAUGUUUGAUUGAAACUUGAACCGGUUCAAAUUUUCGUAUUCUCCUGUUCGGUGUUCGAUUUCAUAGUUUGUAUCGUUAUCAGGUUGUUUGUGAUAAGGUUCCCUGAUAUUGAUAGUUUUCUGUGUGAUCAUAUUUCGUCGUUAAUGAUAAUGAGUGAAAAUUCUUCGAAAUAGUGAAUUUUUCCAUCAUAUCUGGACUAAAGAUUUAAUUACUUCACUUAUACGAAUCGAAUUUCAACCGAAAAAAAUGCCCUCGACACCGGCGAAAUUGAGUUCGUGGGCUGCAAGAUCGCUGUGUAUUCGAUUAGUCUACGAAUGGGCGAACAGCGACAUGCCAGUAAACGAUAUUAUUUGGAGGAAUGAUAAAAAUGGCCACGGUACUUGCGUAAAUCACGACCUAUUCAUUGAUCAUAUGUACGAAAUGCGAGUACCAUCGACGAUCAUCGUUCCACAUCUGAUUCGCGAUCAAAUCGACCAGAAUAUCACUUCGAUCUUGGACCACGUAAAAGACUGGAUUCGGUAUCAUCAUUCUAAGAAUUUCUUUCACGACGAACCAUCGUCUCCUGUGAACGAAUAUCUGCUGGGGUUGGUUUGGAACGAUGAGAGUCGUCGAAUUGACUAUACAGCUUCGGCCAGGAGUAUGCUGACAAAUGAGAAGCUUACGUCGAUGGAGAAAUUCCGAUUCGCUUGUACGUAUUGUUUCGUCGAGGAGAUUACAAAGUUACGAGAUUUGGCCGAAAUCGAGAUCACGUCGGAUUGGAAAUUCAGAGACGAGCCUUUCGUGGUGUAUUGGAGCAAGUAUUUGAAGGGCGAACUCGGUACGAUAUAUUUACCGGGUAUUUUCUCGAUCGAAGUUUUAAUGCUGGAGAAAGCGCUGAACGAUUACGGUCUGUGGUCGUCUAUCGAGUAUUUUUUCAGCAAAGUCGAUGCUCUGAACCGAUUCCGUCUGCUGAACGAGUUCGUAAACCAGAAAGGGGCCGAGCAUCUUGAAGAAUUAUUGAAUAAAUUAGACGACGACGACGAAUGGAUCUCAGCUUGUCGAAAUUCGAUCGAUAAAAUCUUGAAAGACUGCGCAGAAUCGGGUCGUUUUGAGCAAAUACCUCACGUUUGGAAUCGAUUCAGAGGUGGAAUAGAUUCGAAGACUUUGGCUCGUAUCGUCGAACAACUGGUACCGCUGUCGAUGAAAAAUAAGCUAUAUUUUAACGCUCUGACUCCGAUAUUGAUUGAGAUUUGGUCGACUGCCGGAGCUGAUCUGAGACAAUCGGCCAUCGAAGACGAAUUAUUGGCUCGUGUUGGUAAAAAAUGUGCCCAUAUGAUCGAUCACGAUAACGAAUUCGAUUUGUGCGCACGUCGAGAGUACAACGACCCCUUGGAAUUAAUUCGUACGUUGCUUUCUUGCGGCGAUAGAAGACGUAGAGAGGUGUUUCUUCGUGAUAAUCUUCAUUGGCUGGUGAUCUGGGCUCCUUCGACUUCCGCAGUGAGGGAAUUACUCGAGGAGUUUCUGUUCUGGUCUCGAGACGUUGUGAAUAUAGUGCGAGAAGUCAAAGAUUCGCCGCAGUUGCGUUUCAGUUGUUCGAAGCUGAUACGAAUUGGCGAAUUCGAUCACUUCGACAAGAUCGUAUUGUUUUUUCUAUCCCAUUUAGACGAAUUGGAUGACGUGACGGAAAAUACCAUCAGUCAGUAUAAGCUGAGCUUUGUCGAUAAUGGCGACGGUUUCCGGGCACUGCGGGCUAAUUUUUACUCCAGUGAUUGGAGAACAGUGAGCAGAUUCGUCUACACGACGUUUCGAUCUUCGAACGUGGAAUUGUACGAAUUGAGGAGUAUUUUAGUCGACGAUAGGAUGCAGAUGGAUUCGUCUACGAGAACGUAUCAUUUGCGAGAGAAGUUCAGUCGAGGCGAAAUGAACGAUGUCGUAGAGAUUGGUAAAGCUUACUUUGCAGGAUCUGCCAGAUACGCUUGGUUUAAGACUAGAUGCAUGGUCGAGCUAUUCUGGUGCAUAUUCGGCGAUUCGAAUGGUAUGAAUUUCAAUCGAGCAAACGUGCAGAAUUUUUUCACUUGGUGUUCGGCUGAAUCCUAUAAGGUAUGGUUGGAGGAAAGAUUAUCCGCGCAACCGGGCUUGUUAGCUAGGGCUUUUCUGGCUCAGCUGAAGGGUUGUGUUGAUGAGUUCACUUUCGAAGCGAGCGAUUCGAUGGAGCAGUUUUUGCAUUGGUGGUUUGCGGCCGAAUCGGAGAAACGACAGUUUAAACGUGAUAUGAUCCAUAGAUAUACCGAGUUCGAGCAGAUUGCAGAUUUAUUGAAGCAGAGGAAGUAUCGUCAAGGGGUGUUGAACUGGUUUUUCGACAACGACGCCGAGUUCGUGCAAUGUUUCGUGAUUUUUUGUAGCGCUGCCAAAGUAAGGGUGCCAACGGUGGGCCGAGGCCAAAAUGAAAAUAUUAAUCGAGAUGAACGUAAUAGUCGAGAUGAAGAUGAAGAUGAUUACUCGUUUUGCAUUAUGUACUUUCUGGUCCUUUGUGCGGUGAUUUCUUUACGUAUAUGGUAUCACUUUUAUCGUGGCAACAACUAGAGAGGCUACGAAUGGCAGUUGGUUAUUUUUGUACGUGAUUGGGUGUUUUUGAUUUUGAGUCGUGUGUGUUUUUGCUGAACUUCUAGUCACAUUGGAGUUUAUGAUUUU